UCCUGUUCCUGCCGGAAGUGGCGGCGGGUCCUUCCGGUUGGGAGCGUGAGGGCGGCGGAGGCGAUGCCGACCGGGGACUUCGACUCCAAGCCCAGCUGGGCCGACCAGGUGGAGGAGGAGGGAGGAGAGGAUGACAAAUGCAUCACGAGUGAGCUGCUGAAGGACCUCCCCCUGCCCGGGGUCCUGGGGGGCCCCUCCAGCGCCGAGGCCGAGCUGCUCAAGGGAGGGCCCCUCCCGUCGCCCAAGGAGCUGAUCAACGGGAACAUCAAAACCAUCACGGAGUAUCGGGAGGAGGAGGAUGGACGCAAGGUCAAGAUCAUCCGGACCUUCCGCAUCGAGACCAGAAAGGCCUCCAAGGCCGUGGCCCGUCGGAAGAACUGGAAGAAGUUCGGGAACUCGGAGUUCGACGCCCCCGGGCCCAACGUGGCCACGACGACCGUGAGCGACGACGUCUUCAUGACCUUCAUCACCAGCAAGGAGGACCUGAACUGCCAGGAGGAGGAGGACCCCAUGAACAAGCUGAAGGGGCAGAAGAUCGUGUCCUGCCGCAUCUGCAAGGGGGAUCACUGGACCACGCGCUGCCCCUACAAGGACACGCUGGGCCCCAUGCAGAAGGAGCUGGCCGAGCAGCUGGGGCUCUCCACGGGGGAGAAGGAGAAGCUGCCGGGGGAGCCGGAGCCGGUGCAGUCCCAGGUGAGCAAGACGGGCAAGUACGUCCCGCCGAGCCUGAGGGACGGCGCCAGCCGGAGAGGGGAGUCCAUGCAGCCCAACCGCAGGGCCGACGACAACGCCACCAUCCGCGUCACCAACCUGUCCGAGGACACGCGCGAGACCGACCUGCAGGAGCUCUUCCGGCCCUUCGGCUCCAUCUCCCGCAUCUACCUGGCCAAGGACAAGACCACCGGGCAGUCCAAGGGCUUUGCCUUCAUCAGCUUCCACCGGCGCGAGGACGCCGCCCGGGCCAUCGCCGGCGUCUCCGGCUUCGGAUACGACCACCUGAUCCUCAACGUGGAGUGGGCCAAACCCUCCACCAACUGAUGGGGCACCGCUCCCAGCGGGAUCCUGGUGGGACCAGUUGGAUCCCAGUGGGACCAGUUGGAUCCCAGUUUGAUCCCAGUUGGAUCCCAGUGGGACCAGUUGGAUCCCAGUGCGAUCCCAGUGUGAUCCCAAAUAAAGCUCUCGUUGUG